AUGCAUGCGCACCGUUUUCUGUCCGCCUCGCAGGUCGCCCGUCCUCAGGCAACGACGGCGUGUAAUUCGGCCGCAGGUCUUAGCGUCACUCUCCCGCCGCUUUGCGCGUUGGGUGCCUGCGCAGACGCCGGUGGUGGCAGCUCGAGGCGCUACGAAGAUGUAUGGGCUCCCAUUGAGUCAUACCUAGCGCAGCUCAGCGCUGCCACCGCUGACAACAACGGUGGAGGAAAGUCCGGCGUGACGCCCGCCGCGCCGUCUCCACCUCUGUGUCUCGUUCUCCGCCUCUUUCCAGACUUGACCAUAGCGCAGCUGCCCUCUCUACGCCGUGGCAGCACGGAGGGUAGCAGCCCGCCUCGCCGUGCGCGCAACAGCUUCAUUGCACCACAUGAGUACCCGCUCGACGCCAUAUUGGGAGCAGAGGAAUUGUGGGGUAGUGGCGCAGACCCUCAGCGGGUGUUUCGUGGCGCUAUCGACUGUCUGCACGAGCUGGGUCAACGACUUCUUCCGCAGCUGGCACUCGUGCUGCAGCUGCCUACGCGGCUGCUUGUCUCGCAGCAGUUCCUGCAUGACCUUGCCGCGCUGCUUGUCCGCGACAGUUGGCGCAGCAUCUCCUUUGAGCUACCAUCGACUCACCAACUGUACUCCCGCAGCGCAGAAGGAAGUCGCGCGGGGGUGUGCGCCCCCUCUGCCACCUCCGUGACGGACGUUGGAGCUGUCGACGCGGCGUGGUGCCGGUUACCUGUCCUCUGCACGCCAUGGCCGACUCUGUGCCGUCACCCAGCGUUGGGGCGGACGCUGCGGCAGCUGCGUCGCCAUGACGUGGUCCCCUUCCACGUGCUCUACUCGUGGGCCGUGGCGGAAAUGCAGCUCUUCCACAGCUUCGAGCUGUCCAUCGUUGUGGACACGACCGCACCGAUGCCAGGAGAGGAGGCGCUGCACGCGUACCUGCAGGGCCCCAGCAGCGUCGGGCGAUCUGCUGAAGAGCUCCACCGCGCGUCGCCGCAGCUCCCACGCCAGCUCUGUGACUCUACAGAUGCCCCCUAUUCGUCGGGUCAGACUGACAGCGAUGCCCACUGCGCGCGCACGCACGUGUACAUGAGCGAGAACCCAAGAACGGCACGCGGGGCUGCGGUGGGUUUCAGUAACGGUGUGAUGAAUGCGUUACGGUGGCGAGAUCGGAGUGCGACGCCGCUCGAGAGCCACCAGGUGGACCUCGAUGACGUGGAGAACGAGUGGCGACUGUGGAAGCACACCAACGCGACGUCACCGUCUGGGGCGGCGACGGCGGUGGCGCACACCCUUCUCGCGUCUUCGGGCAGCCCGGGCGACCUCUCGCUCUCUCUCGACGCCCCGCCAGACCAUUUGCGCGCGCUCAUCGAGAAUUCGAUCAUUGACUGCGACGCAGCUGCUCCGCCUCGCCUGUCACAACGACAGCGUCUCUUGCAGAAUGUCGGGCAGCUCAUGCAGCGCACAAUGGAGGAACCUUCUGUCGCCGCGUCCGCCGACACUGACAGCCCUCUAUCCACCUCAGCUGGCGAGGAUGGCGAGAGCACGCCAUUGAAGCAGGAGGCCGAGGAGCUGGAGCGGCUGUUGAGGGAAGCUAACGACGCCAGUGAAGCGGGUACAACCAGCUUCGAUGCAGAGAUGAUGAUGGCGAAGGUGCCGCGCUACACACGAGCCCACUCACAUACGUCGCCGGCUCACCGAGAAAUCAUGAAUCGGAUGCACGCCGCGCCCGGCGCCGAUGUCCGGGUGACGCUCAACACUUGGCCUGCGUUUUCAGGGUAUUGGUCGUGUUUACACGCCCUCGUCGAGGAGGUCACACAUGCAACCUUGUUGUGGACCGCACCAACGUUCAACAACGAGGCUGUGCAAGCAUGGACGGCGGCUUAUUACGCAUCACAGUGCCCACGGGUAGGCCAUGGUGAAGCGCAUAUGCCCACAAGCAACGCACCGCUGCCACUGGUUGUGCCAAUCUACAUGCCGGUCCAGUCAGCAAUGCAUGUAGAGGUGGAGCGACUGUUGCGCGAGGGCCGCUGGUUUGAAGAGCCGCCGCUGCUCCAGAGCAGGGAGGAGGGCACAGCCCUGCACACAUGGCUACCUGCGUCACUAAACGUGGCCCUCGCUGACACCUUGUCCAGGCUGCCAGGCGACUAUCAAGCGCACGAGCGAAGCCGGCUGCUGCGCGAUCACCAGCGGCUUCGAAAGGAGGGGGCGCAGGGGGCGCGUCGCGGUGGCAGUGUGAGUGAACUUGCAGCGGCGUCACCGGCCUGCUCUGACUUAUGCGAAGACGAUGAGGAGCUGCGCCCGGCGCUCGUCCGCAUCCGCCAAGAGGCUCGCCCUUUGUUUCUCCUGACGCCGGCGCAGGUGGAGAGACGCGAGUCCAAGGCGUUCAAGGAAGCUGCCGUGGCAUGUGUGACGGCGGGGAAGGCGGCGGCACAGCUCAACAAAACGGUCUGCGGAGCAAACAAAACGUUCGCGCAGGCGGUCGAGGAGAGUUAUCGCGCCGCCUCCCCGGCAAGCGAUGCGGCUGUCGCGCACAAGACACCGCCCAUGCGCCUUCUGCACGUUCCCACGCCGGGGCUGAGCCUAGAGGAGCUCGACCGCUCCUGGCGUUGUCUCCCCUCAUGA